AUGGCAUCUUCUAUCAAGCUUCAUCCACGUCCCGCGGCUGCAACCAGCCUCACCUUCAAUCCCUUGCCUCAACUCAUCCAAACACCAUCGGGGCUGGCACUGUUGGAAUUGCAAGGCACCAUCAACCUUCCAGAGACAGACCCUGAAAUGGAGGGACAAGCACCAGAAAUACCUAUUGGCCGUAUAACUUUCCCGGACUACAACCCCAACGCUCUGGAUCCGUCCAAUACGUCGUGGAUGAAGCGUGUCCACUUGUACGUCGGCCAACAUCAGAGACUCACUGGCGAAGUAAAAAAGCUGCCCAAGGCCAUGGCCAUUAUCCGCAGACGCCCUGGUAGCAACGAGACGACAGACUCUGCGGCGGAGGACAAAAUCGAGGAUCUCGAGGUGGUGGAAAUUGUCAAACACAAGCUCAUCUUCUCCUCGAGGCCAGAGCCCGUCGGUACAAGUUAA